UAUAAUAUUAUGAGUAGCAUAAACAACAUCUGCUGCAAUGCUCUUUGACACAGAGCUGUACAAAUGCCAAAUAGGCUUUUACCCUUUCUUUGCUCUGCUUCUUUUCACUUUCUUUUAUAAUCCAAACCCCUGGUUGGCCCCUUUUCUGUCUUUGAAUUUCAUCACCACCAUCAUCAUCAUCAAAAACUAAAAAAACCCAUUGUCUUUCUCUCUCUCUCUGUGAAAUAACUGCAGUUUAAAAGUGUUGCCUUUUUUUUUCUUCUUUCAUAAACCAAGCAAUGGAGGAAUCAGAGGAGCACCAUGGCAGCAAGGAAUGCAGUGCUAAAACCAGGGCUUUCAAGGGCAUAAACAACAGCCCUCAUAAGCAUCAUUACUACCACCACCACCACCCAUGGUUGCAAUACUCAGGUCACUAUGGCUUCUUUAACCAAAACCAGUUCCAAAGCUACUCUUACUAUCCUUCUUUGCUUCCUUUACCUCCUCCAAUACCUUUGCAACUGGCUUUACCUCCACCUCUCUCUCAAAAUCAUACCUUUCAACCAAAAACCCAUUUGCAGCAACUUUCAAUCUCUAAUACCAAAUUCCCAGUUUCUUCUAUGACACCAGCUCAAGAGGGGCUUCAAUGGAGAAAAAGUUUGCCAUCCAAAGCAAGUGAUGGAAUAAAGAUGAGGAAUGCUACAAAGGAAGCACUGGUGGUUUCAAGGAGACCAGAUUCUGGUGGUGUAGAAGGGCCUGUAAUCUCUCUCCUUGCCAACCAUUUCCUAGUAAAAUUUGAUCCUUCUCUAAAAGUUUACCAUUAUAAUGUUGAGAUAUCCCCUAAUCCCUCCAAGGAGGUUGCUAGGAUGAUCAAGCGGAAACUGGUUGAAAGCAACUCAGGUUUGCUUUGUGGUGCUCAUCCAGCCUAUGAUGGUAGGAAGAAUUUUUAUAGCCCCGUUGAAUUCCAAAAUGGUAAGCUUGAGUUCUUUGUUAGUCUCCCGAUCCCCACUGCGAAUACAGGUUCGCCUUUCGGGGAAUGGAAUGGCUUUCAACAAAAACAGAAUCAGCUCAAAGUGUUUAGAAUCAAUAUCAGGGCUGUUUCCAAGUUUGAUGGAAAGGAUUUGAAUAGUUACUUGAGCAAUGAAAGUGAUGAUUGGAUCCCACUUCCUCAAGAUUAUCUGCAUGCUUUGGAUGUUGUUCUUAGGGAGAGUCCAAUGGAGAAGUGUAUAUGUGUAGGGAGGUCAUUUUAUUCAAGUUCCACGGGAGGUACUAAGGAAAUAGGAGGAGGAGCUAUUGGAUGGAGAGGUUUCUUUCAGAGUCUUCGACCGACGCAACAAGGACUCGCUCUCAAUGUCGAUUCCUCGAUCACCGCCUUCCAUGAGAGUAUCGGAGUAAUCCCUUACUUGCAGAAGCGGAUCGACUUUCUUCGAGACCUUACUCAAAGGAAGACAAGGAGUUUAAGUGAUGAUGAAAGGAAGGAAGUGGAGAAAGCAUUGAGAAAUAUUAGGGUCUUUGUUUGCCAUAGAGAAACAGUCCAAAGAUAUAGAGUUUAUGGCUUAACUGAAGAAGCCACUGAAAACCUUUACUUUGCAGAUAGGGAUGGAAAGAAUUUGAAGCUUAUCGAUUACUUUAAAGAUCACUACAAUUAUAAUAUACAAUUCAGGAAUUUGCCAUGCUUGCAGAUCAGUAGGAGCAAACCAUGCUAUCUUCCAAUGGAGCUUUGUAUGAUUUGUGAAGGCCAGAAAUUUCUGGGGAAGCUUUCUGAUGAUCAAACUGCAAGGAUUCUUAAAAUGGGUUGCCAAAGACCAAAAGAGCGAAAAGCCAUGAUUGAUGGAAUCGUGAGGGGACCUGCAGGGCCUACAAGUGGCAACCAGGCUGAAGAGUUCAAGCUCCAUGUUUCGAAAGAAAUGAGUCGGUUGAAUGGGAGGAUUCUUCAACCUCCUAAGCUUAAGCUCGGUGAUGGUGGACACGUAAGAGAUAUUACUCCUUCCCGCUGUGACCGGCAGUGGAACCUUCUCAACAGCCAUGUCUUUCAGGGAACACGGAUUGAACGUUGGGCACUUAUAAGUUUUGGGGGCACUCAAGAACAAAAGUCUAACCUUCCUAAAUUCAUAAACCAGCUAUCUCGAAGGUGUGAGCAGCUUGGUAUCUUCCUUAGCAAAAGCACAGUUGUUAGCCCCCAAUUUGAACCAACACAGGUGCUUAAUAAUGUGACACUUUUGGAAUCUAAGCUCAAGAAAAUUCAUAGAGCUGCCUCAAACAAUCUCCAACUGCUCAUAUGUAUAAUGGAGAAAAAGCACAAAGGGUACGCUGAUUUGAAACGAAUAGCUGAGACAAGUGUAGGAUUUGUGAGCCAGUGCUGCUUAUACCCGAACCUCGGGAAAUUGAGUUCACAGUUUCUGGCAAAUUUAGCCAUUAAGAUUAAUGCCAAAGUUGGAGGUUCCACUGUUGCUUUGUACAAUUCAUUACCUUCUCAGAUUCCACGACUUUUCAGGCUAGAUGAGCCUGUGAUCUUUAUCGGUGCUGACGUGACUCAUCCUCACCCGCUUGAUGAUUCCAGCCCAUCGGUUGCUGCUGUGGUUGGUAGCAUGAACUGGCCUGCAGCAAACAAGUAUGUAUCGAGGAUGAGAUCACAAACACAUCGGCAAGAAAUCAUUCAGGAUCUUGCUGCAAUGGUAGAAGAACUACUGGAUGACUUCUACCAAGAAGUAAACAAACUCCCGAAGAGAAUAAUCUUCUUCCGAGACGGUGUAAGUGAAACUCAAUUCUAUAAGGUGCUUAAAGAGGAACUACAAGCUGUCAAAGAAGCUUGUGCAAGAUUUCCAGGCUACAAACCUCCCAUUACUUUUUCUGUAGUUCAAAAGAGGCACCAUACCAGGUUGUUCCCAUUUGAAAUCAAUCCUUCUUCCAAUCAAAACCAACAUUUCGAUGAAAAUAUUCCCCCGGGGACGGUAGUGGAUACGGUGAUAACUCAUCCAAGGGAAUUCGAUUUCUAUCUUUGCAGUCAUUGGGGGGUAAAGGGUACUAGCCGCCCCACCCAUUACCACGUAUUGUGGGACGAAAACCGAUUCACUUCUGAUGAACUGCAGAAGCUGGUUUACAAUUUAUGCUACACUUUUGCAAGGUGCACCAAGCCAGUUUCAUUGGUCCCUCCUGCUUACUAUGCUCACUUGGCUGCAUACAGAGGCAGGCUUUACCUUGAGCGGUCAGAAUCCGUAGCUUUUACGAGAAGUUCAAACAUAAUCUCUCGCGUAACUCCUCCAAAGACAACGCCUCUACCAAAACCUAGCGAGAAUGUUAAGAAGCUCAUGUUUUACUGCUAACUUUUCACAGGCUCCUUGCAUGUCAUAGAGUCUAAAUAUGUAGUUCAGUGCAUGAAAGUCUUAAUAUAUUUCACUUUAGGCAGUCUGUUAAUAUGAUUACAACUUGUAGGUAGGCUUCAAAUAUAUAUAUAUAUAUAUAAUGGCUGAAUUGGAUCCUGCAAAUCGUUGUACAUCCUCAUAGCAGCAAUGUGACUGCUAUUGCAUCUCAUUAUAAACAUUCUUUACUGUAAUCUACUCUUAACUUGGCUUGAAAAUAA